CCUUCCAAGGAUGGUGCAAGAUUUUGCCUCCGAGCAAGCUCAGCUUGGGGUGCACCCUGCUCCAAGUGUGAGUCAGCAAACAAGUAGUUAACUUGACACGCCUUGGCUUCCCGGGUUUGAGCAUCCAGCUUCCAAGAGUUAACCUGCAGCACGGCUCUGAAUAGCUGGGGCAGAGGAUACAAAAACGUCUGGCGCGCGGGCUCCCUAGGAGGAAUGACACACGGUUUUGAAGAAGCAGCUGCUGCAGCAGGUCUAGUUACCAGGGUCACUGCAACAGUGGAAGAGAGAUCGUGGAGAACUGACUGCCUUUACGUUAAAUUCUUCGGUCCCACAUACACCUAUCUGUGACUCACAGCCCAUUGACGAGGGCCCUGAAGAGCAGAAGCAUCCUGUGUGCAUGAAGGGAUGGAGAACUGGCGAUAAAUGACUGCUGAAGUCUCCACCACAGAGACUACGGAUACUGGAGAGCUCCGAGCAGUCAAACAAGCAAAGUUCACAGCAGAAGGACUCAUCAUUCUGAGAAACUGCUUGUCAUACCGGGAUGCAAGUUUCUUUUGAGUGAUCGAAUCAGGAGACAUGGCCAAGCGCACCUUUUCCACACUGGAGAUAUUCCUCAUUUUUGUCCUUGUGAUGAUGACUGCGAUCACAGUGGCUCUUCUCAGCCUCUUGUUUAUCACCAGUGGGACCAUUGAAAAUCAUAAAGAUUCAGUGUUCCCAGCCACUCAGAACCCUUCCACCACUGUCAGUUCCACAACCCGCACAACCACUCAUGGUUCAGUCCCCACCACCAGCACCGAGACUCCAAAGACUACAGCGACUACCACCCCAGAGCCGCCUCUGUUUCAGAACUUCAGUGGCUACCAUAUUGGUGUUGGGCGAGCUGACUGCACAGGACAGGUGUCUGAAAUCAAUUUGAUGGGUUACAGCAAAUCUGGUCAGAAAGCUCGGGGCCUCCUCACCAGACUAUACAGUCGUGCUUUCAUCAUGGCAGAACCUGAUGGGUCAAAUCGAACCGUGUUUGUCAGCAUCGAUAUAGGCAUGGUUUCCCAACGACUCAGGCUGGAGGUCUUGAAUAGACUGAAGAGUAAAUAUGGCAACCUGUAUAGAAGAGACAAUGUUAUCCUGAGUGGCACUCACACACACUCCGGUCCGGCUGGAUAUUUCCAGUAUACCAUCUUUGUAAUUGCCAGUGAAGGAUACAACAAUCGAACUUCUGAGUUCAUGGUCUCUGGCAUUGUGAAGAGCAUUGAGAUAGCACACAGAAACCUGAAACCAGGCAAAAUCCUUAUCAAUAAAGGAAUUGUGAAUGGGACCCAGAUCAAUCGAAGCCCUACUUCUUACCUUCAGAAUCCAGAGUCAGAGAGAUCAAGGUAUUCUUCAGAUGUAGACAAGGAAAUGGUGGUCUUAAAAAUGGUAGAUCUGAAUGGAAAUGACCUGGGUCUUUUAAGCUGGUUCGCUAUCCACCCAGUCAGCAUGAACAAUACCAAUCAUCUUGUAAAUAGUGACAAUGUGGGCUAUGCGGCUUACCUUCUGGAGCAAGAUAAAAACAAAGGAUAUCUACCUGGAGAGGGACCUUAUGUAGCAGCAUUUGCAUCAUCAAAUCUAGGAGAUGUAUCUCCCAAUAUUCUUGGACCCCAUUGUGUCAAUACAGGAGAUUCUUGUGACAAUGCCAAUAGUUCUUGUCCUGUUGGUGGGCCGAACAUGUGCAUGUCCCAGGGACCUGGGGAGAAUAUGCUUGACAGCACACAAAUCAUAGGGCGGAUCUUAUAUCAGAGAGCAAAGGAACUGUCUGCCUCUGCCUCCCAGGAGGUGACUGGACCCCUGGCUUCAGCCCAUCAGUGGGUGAACAUGACGGACGUCACUGUCAGGGUCAAUAGCUCACACAGUGUAAAAACAUGUAAACCAGCAUUGGGCUACAGUUUUGCAGCUGGCACAAUUGAUGGAGUUGGAGGCCUCGAUAUUCCGCAGGGGACACUGGAAGGGAUUCCAUUUUGGGAUACUAUUCGUGAUCAAAUACUGGGCAAACCAUCUGUAGAAAUCACAGAAUGCCAUAAACCAAAACCAAUCCUUCUUCAUACUGGAGAGUUGUUAAAGCCUCAUCCCUGGCACCCAGAGAUUGUUGAUGUUCAGAUUAUUACUCUUGGGUCUUUGGCCAUUGCUGCCAUUCCUGGGGAACUUACGACCAUGUCUGGACGAAGACUUAGGGAGGCAGUUCAAGAAGAAUUUGCAUCUAAUGGAAGGCAGAAUAUGACCGUUGUUAUUUCUGGUCUAUGCAACGUCUAUACACAUUAUGUUGCCACCUAUGAAGAGUACCAGGCUCAGCGGUAUGAGGCAGCAUCUACCAUUUAUGGACCACAUACUCUGUCUGCUUACAUCCAGCAAUUCAGAAUCCUGGCCAAAGCCAUUGCUACGGACACAGUAGCUGACUUGAGCAGUGGUCCAGAGCCUCCAUUUUUCAAGCAACUGAUAAUCCCAUUAACUCCUAAUGUUGAUGACAAUGUACCAAUAGGCAAAAAAUUUGGGGAUGUCCUGCAGCCAACAGAAUCUCAAUAUAGAGUGGGAGAAAUUGCUGAAGUUACAUUUGUAGGUGCCAACCCAAAGAAUUCUGCAGAAAAUCGAACCUAUGAUACCUUCCUCACUGUGGAGAAAUAUGAGGCCACUUCAAAAGCCUGGCAGGUGGUGCAUAAUGAUGCCUCGUGGGAAACUCGUUUCUAUUGGCACAAGGGACUCGCAGGUCAUAGUAAUGCAACAAUACAGUGGCAUAUUCCAGACGCUGCCCAGCCUGGAACAUACAGAAUCCGAUACUUUGGACACUCACGGAAGCAGGGAUUUUUCAAGCCAACACUCCUUCCAUUUGAAGGCACUUCUUCCAAUUUCGAAGUUGUUUGAUGUGAAGAAAAGUUGAACAAUCAUUUGAAGAAUAGCUAUACUAUAUAUAAUUUAUAUAGUUAACUUUAUGUGAAUAUAAAUUAUUAUGUUAAAUACCGUAAUUGUCCCUAUAUAGGGACAGAUUAUUUACUGCUAAUGGAACAUGUGUUUCUCUGUGUGUGUGUAUGUGAGAGAGAGAGAGAGAAAAAGAGAGAGAGAGAGAGACCAUAAGGUAUGUCAAUGUCCCAUUUGAUAGUUGUGCUAGCAGCUUCUUACCUUGGGAUCCAUAACUUUAUGAUGUUGAAAGAAAUAGUUUCCCUCAAUCUGAAAUCACUGAAAUGUUUGUAAAAGUUGCUAACGAUGUGUAAACAAUGUUUAACUAGUUUACUUACAAAAUAAUUAAAUGUUGGCACAGAAACCUCUUAAGAGAUGAUUUAGCUUGAUUACAACUACAGAAGGGAAAAAAUGAAGUUUUAUGGAUUUAAAUAAGCCUGAAUCUACAAAACCUUUCCCCAUUGCCACAUUUAAAAAGUGUUACUUAAAAAAUAUUGAUUAUCCUGAGUAUCCAGAACCUUUCCCCAUUGGCACAUUUAGAAAGCACUACUUAAAAAAUAUUGGCCAGUAAUAUGUAAGCCCAAUUAGAGAAAAUGAGCAUGUUAAUCAUCUGCAUUGAGCAUAGUUUCUUAAGGUAGUUACCCUGGAGUUGACUUGAAUCCAGAGUUGUUAAUGCUCCAAACAUUUCUAGGAUUACUUUCAAACCCUAUUAUGAGAAUGUCAAACUUGUAACAUUUUAAUCAUGCCUUGUAUUUUUCUAAGUGCCCUUUGCCAUGAAAUUAUAUCUUUUCUUCCGAAGAUCUGAUCUAUGUAAUUUUUGACUGUUUGCACAAAUUAUGUUUACUACCAAGUGACAAAGCUUUGCCAUUAUUAUAGAUAUUAAAAUGGAGGUAUAUUGGCUUUGGAGAAAGUCUUCAAAGAUAACAUUCUAAAUUCAUCAUUCAAUUACUUUUAUCACUCGAACGUUUUAUCAUGACCUGUUGAAUCAUAAAAUACUUAAGUUAAUCUCAUAUAGUGUAGCAACUAGUGAGAUAUUUGAGGUGAAAGUAUUAAUUUCUAAAGGUUACUAUUUUGAAUGAGAAAAUAGUGUGUAUAAAUCCUGGUAAGGCAAUUCAAAAUCAAUCAUCGCUAAGUCACUUGUGUAUUAUCCAUAUUGGGUACUUUUCAUUUGGAGUUCAGAGGCACCAGACUACUUGCAAAAGCUAUCUUGAAAAUUAUUUUAUGGUCUUGUGGACUACUCAUCUGAGACAUGUAACCUGGCACAGAUUGCCUGAAAUUGCUAAUUGCAUUUGAAAUUGUUCAAAUUAAUUUGAAACUCCCAGGGUGCAAAGUAAAUUUCUGAAAAGUAAGGAAUGCUUUUGUUUGUGUGUAAAAGCUUUUUAGCAUUUAAAAAGAAAUGCAAUUUAAUUUCCAAAAGAAGCUCCAGCAUUUUAAAAUGAUGGCAAUAUUAGUAACAAUAAUACCAACCUCCAUAUAUGUGUGGCUUAACCAUUUGAACAUGCAAUAGUGCACUAAGAAGAACCUGGAACACUUUCUAACAAGCGGUUACUUGAAAGUCAAUUUUUUGGCCCUUUGCUCAGGAGUGAUCCCUGGCAAUUCUCAGGGGAUUAUGUGCUGUGCUGGGGAUCAAACCAGGGUUGACUACUUGCAAGGCAAGCACCUUAAACCCUGGUAUCAUUUCUCUGGCCUCAAAUCUGAAUUUUCAAGAGUUGUAUAGUGAUCACUAUAUCCUGAAGACACAUCAGAAUUUAGUGGAAAGCUUUGGAGGCUAAAAAGUGCAGGUGGUUCUGAAAAUUGUUGAUUCCAGAUAGGUAAAUUAGACUAGAACUGAUAUGAUUUUUAAAGCAUUUUUCAUGACUCCAGAAGAGUUUAUAAGUUAUUUUCUACCUUCUCCGGUCUUCCCAUUAAACUUUCCUCAGUCACCAUGUGAUUUCCUAUUGUUUACAUGUAACCAUGCUGAGGCAUCUGCUAUAGUGCACACCUCUGCUAAACUGCUAAUCCUUCUGUAACCAGUCCCCUGUCUACCUGUAUUUUUGGUCCCAAGUAAGCCACAGAAAACUGUUUUCUCACUAGCCUUCCAACUUCCAAUCCAUGCAGAUCUAUUUCUGGAAGUUUAUGGUUUUCACAUGAGAUUAAAGAGCACUGCAAAAAGAGGGCUACUCUAAAUCUUCAUGAAUUUAGAACAUUCAUCAUCAUCAUCAUCAUCCCGCUGAUCUUCCGUUGAUCGUCGAAUUUCUCGAGCAGUCUCAGUAACGUCUCCAUUUGUCCUAUCCCUGAGAUUUUAGAAGCCUCUCUUUACUCUGCCUUCCCAAUGAUGCUGUAUUGGAGACUCUUUCAGGGUAAGGGGAAUGAGACCCAGCUUGUUAAUGGCUUUGGCAUAUAAAUACACCAUGGGAAGCUUGCAAGGCUGUCCCAUGUGGGCAGGAAACACUCAGUAGCUUGCCAGUUUCUCCCAUAGGGAGAAGUAGGUUAUAAGUGCUUCUGGGAGCUUACUUUUAAGUGUUUGGAUGUUGGCCAUUGAUGGGAUUACACACACCUGGGUUCCUCUGCCGGUUCCUUCAUGUGUGAGGCUUGUCUGAGGAUGUGGAGAGGGGCCUUGAGCAUAGCUGUGGCUAGGUUCCGGAGGUCUUAGGCUUUGCUCAGGGCGGAGAGGGAAGCUGGAGCCCAUCCCCUCCGAGGGGCCCCGGGGAAGACAUCCAGGCACGUGGGCAAGAGACUCAGAAUAUUUAGAAUAUUAUGAACAAUUUUUGUAACUGUAUGUGAUGGUGAUUUAAUAAAAAUAAAUAAAUCUCAGACAUCCAAAGUCAUUUUUACCAUCAUUCCUCCAGAAACCUUUUCAUAUUAGACCAUAUUCAUGGUCUACUUGCUGUGCACACAUGCACACAUAAUUACCUUUUAACUAAUAUAAUUUUUUGGGUGGUGGGCUUCUGUGUUCAGGGAUGACUCCUGGCUGUGUGCUCAGGAAUCAUCCCUGGUGGUACUGAGGGAACAUAUGGAGUGUGCAUAAUUAAACCUGAAUUGGCAGAGUACAAGGCAAGUAUACCUGCUGUACUAUCUCUCUAGCUCAAAUAUUCCCUAAGUUCAUAAUAUUCAUAAUAUUUUUUUUGUUCAUCACUGUCACUGUCACUGUCUUCCCGUUGUUUGUCAAUUUACUCAAGCGGGCACCAGUAAUGUCUCUAUUACUCCCAGCCCUGAGAUUUUAGCAGCCUCUCCUUACUCGUCUUUACCAACAAUUGGAGGCUCUUUCAGGGUCAGGGGAAUAAGACCUAUCGUUAUUGUUUUUGGCAUAUUGUUCAUAAAAGCACACAAAUCUUUAUUAGUGGUUACUUGUGGGAAUGGCUCAUUGGAGCCAAAUUUCUGAAACUGGAAGAGAUUAUGGAAGACUGGGGACUGUGUUUGAGGGAGAAGUUUGGGCAAGAUAUUUUUUCUCAUAACAAAUCGUUAUUAUUUUUAUUACCUGCAUAUGCUGAAUUUAAGGAUCCUAUGACUUCUUCAAAAAAAAAGCACUGAAUCAUACCUCUGUAUUUUACAGAGUAUUAUGUAAAUUGUCACUAUUCAAUGGGAUACUUAAUAAUAAAUAAAUAAAUUUGAGAA